AUCCUCCUUGUCUGAUGAAGUCCGAGUUUGUUUUUCAGUUUUAUUGCUAUACAGCUGAUCCGAAAGCUUAAUAACACGUAAUCUUUCCGCAAUAAUUUGUUAACAUCUUGUGGAUGUCUUUAAUGAUAAUUUUAAUGCUUAAAAUUUUGUAUUAAUUUAAAUAGAUCUUUUUUCUCUCACAAAAUAUCAAAGAUUGCAUUUAGUAUUACUGUUGCUGACUUUUAUUACUUACAGAACAAAACCAUAUUGUUGCAUUAUUUAUAUUAUAUUUGAUAAUACUUUGGAUACGGGUAAUUUAAAUAACUAAGAAAAAUGAGCAGACGAUUGCUUCAAAGGGGUCGGUACCCCAAAGCCCCUGCCGUUGAACAGAUUUCAAAUACGAAUAGUAUUCCUUACCAAUUUUACAGUUCACAGUUCCCCCAAAAUCCUCCCAUUCAAACAUCACAAAUGUCCUUUUAUGAUCCUAAUGCUCAAACACAGACUGGUCAAAAUUCCUGGGCACAACCUUCAUACCCUCCUCCCAAUACUUAUCAACCAAAUCAAGUAACACAUCAGCCUCCAUACCCUAAUCCAAACACUUAUCAACAAAAUCAAGUUCCUCACCAACCAAUGCCUGAUUCUUCUGGCUAUUGGGCCGGAGGACAAAUGCUUCCUGUAUCAGCCCAGUCACAGUGGAAUGAAUCAUGGUAUCAGCCAGAAAAUACUUCAGAUAAGAAUAGCUUUCCAAAUUAUCAGCAACCAGAAACUGUGACAAGUUCUGCAGACCAGUGGCAGCAACAGCAGCAAGUUCCUUAUUCUCAAAUUGAUAAUCAAAAUUACCCUCAGCAACAAGUAACUUACAAUCAGGGAAAUCAACAAGAAUUCUCCCACCCUACACAUUAUCAGUCAACAAAUAAUAAUUCUCAAGCUGAAUCUUUACAUGCCUCACUACCAGCAUGGGAAAAUGGAAGCCUUGAAGUUUCUCAACCUGAGCAUUUACCUUGGACCUAUGGUGCUCCCCAAUAUUCUAAUCCAGUUCCGGCUGCUAUGCAUGACUUUUCUCAAAAUUCUAAUUCAGCAACGAAUACCAUGCCAUGGCCUUCAGACUCUAACUAUGCUUCCAGUAAUAAUUCAAAUUUUACUGCACAUGAUGCCUCAUCAUCCCACUACUUAUUAACAAAUACAGAAAAUGUAACAGUAAUUAGUUCCGAAAAUAAAUCUCCCAACCAUUCCCCAACUCUAGAACAAAAUAUUACAUCUGAAGAUGAAUUACAUAGUUCUAAAGUUCUGAAUGAUGUAUCUAAUUUAGAAGAUGGUGAUACCCUUCAAGAACAAUCAACUGAUUUAGAAUAUGCACCUAGUACUUUAUCUGCCUUUUUUCAAAACAAUGUUCCGGAUGAAUCAGGUGAAGGUUCAGAUAAUAUAUCAACUCCAGUUCUGAAAGAUAGUGGUGAGUCUAGUCAAGAAGAGAGAGAAUCACCAGUUCUAGAAGAUUCUGUAAAUAAGUUGAGUGAUUCUAAUUCAAGCUUAAAAGAACAAGGUGAUAAUGAAGAUGAAAAUAAUUUUCUACAGGAAGAAAAAAUUAUUAAUUUGGAUGUGGAAGAGGAAAUUAAUAAAUCUCAGUCUCCUGGUUUCAUUGAAGAGCCUGUUAAUCAAGAAGUUCCAGAUCCACGUCAAGAUGACGCAUCCAAGGUAUUGCAGUCUCAUGCAAAACAGAAUUAUGAUGAAAUUUCCACUGAAGAACCACAAAACCAAGAAAUACCUGCUAAAUCUGGCCAAACUUCUCGUUCUACAUCUUCAGAGCGUGAAAGAUUAAUUUUACGUCCAAGAGAAGAUAGUCCAUUUAAGCCACCUAGACCAAAUAGUUCAAAAGGUAUGAUUGUUCAACAAGAAAUAUCUGAACAAAACCAUCCAGAAACAAAGUAUAAUGUACCAGAAGGAAAGACUGUUGUGCAAGAAGUAAACCUGGAAACGUUUCCUGACAAUUUGGAAAGGCCUUCAGAUUAUGAAGAAUUAAAAAAACAGUCACCUCUGUACACUUCUCGUAAACAUUUAAGGAGUGAACUGAAUAGCUCUCCAAGCUCAUUAUUGUGUGAUAAUUUGGAUAUACCUUGUGUAACAUUAGCACCUGCUGCUCCACCUCUUUCUUCUGCAAGAUCGGAUAAAUCUGAGUCUUCAACUGAAUCGAAAUCGGAAAUGUUAUCAUUUACGAAAUCUAAUUUGUCUAUUUUAAAAUUAAAUGAGCCAAAUAAAUCCAGUUCCUCAUCUGAUGUUAAAGAGAGUAAUAUUUAUGAAAAAUCAAAAAGCAAACAUACGCCUCUGAAAGAAUCUAGCAGUUUACAACAAUCUAGAGAUAAAGAUGCUUCUAUUUCUCAGCAUAAGCAGUAUGAGAAUAACUUCACACAACCUCCAAAAGAAGAAAAGACACCUGUAGAAAAAAAUGACUUUUAUAAUAAACCUAUAUACUUAAAAGAUUCUAAAAUAAAUGGUAGUAGUGUAACCAGCAAAGAUUCUCAGCCUGCUCGUCAACCUCCUACUAAUGCGGAAUAUCCAGAGUCUAAUUUACCACCAUCAAGAAGUGCCAGGAGAGAUACAAAUUAUCCUCCUGAUGAAAGAAAUGAUCCAAGAUAUGGAAGAGAUCGUCAAGAAGGAGAUCGUCAUAGAUUCUAUGAGCAAAAGUAUCCAAGUUUUGAUGAACGCCAAUGCUAUUCAGAUAGGGAAAGAUCAAGACCUUCUAGUAGAAAUUCCUUAAGAGACAGAUCUGAAGAGUAUCCUUAUCCACCCAGAGCAGAUGAUUAUUAUCAAUCGCGACGGGAUGAUCCUAGGCAGUAUCCUCCAGAAUAUGAAAGACCAUCUUCUAGACUGAGUGAAACAGAUGCAAGUCGUAAUGAUAGGCAAGGUCAUUCUGGUUAUUAUAGACAACAGUAUGCAUAUCCACCAGGAGGUUAUCCACGAAAUGAUUAUUAUCAAAGACCCCCAGCUCACAGAGGCUACGAGUAUGACCAUUAUCCAAGAGAUCCAUAUUAUUCCUCUUACUAUGAUGCUUACCGUUAUGCAUACAGCAAUUAUAAUUAUGGAUUUUAUGAUGAACUCUACAGAAAUGAUCCAAGAUAUAAGCAAUAUCAAGAACAAUAUCGUCAGUACUAUGCUAAACAUGGGUAUGAUGUUGAUUUUGAAAGAUCUAGUGUGCAUUCUGGAAGAAGUUCUGCUAAUGAAUUUGGUAAAGACCCAAAUUCCAGCCAUUAUCGAGAACCUGAUAUUGAUUCUAAUGAAUCUGAAUUUUCCUCCUAUAACCUUGAACAAAAGUAUUAUGGUGAUAGUCAGAAUGAGAUGUCCAACAUUGAAGAUCAAAUAUCUACUCCCUCUUCUCGUCUUACUCCUGUAAAAUUUUCUUAUGCUCAUCCAAUUGCUAGAUUUUCUCCUGGAGGUUUGCUUAUUACUGGAAUUCCUUGUCAAGCUAGCACUAUGCCAGCAAUGCCUAUUCGUAUUCAAACAAUGCAGGCAUUGCGGGAAGAUGAAGAAUCGUUCCAGGAAUUGAAAAAUCACCAAGGACCCCUUAUACGUGGAUUGACUCACAAAAAUGAUGUAAUUGAAUUUUGUAAUCAAAAAAUAAAAUCUAUUAAAUCCUUGGAAGAUAUUGUGGAUAGAGAUUCUUAUAUGUUGCUUUGGGAACUGAUGGUGCUCUUGCUCAGACAAAACGGGUCUGUUGCUGGCAGUGAUAUUGCAGAACUUUUAUUAAGAGAUCAUGAAAUUCUUCGUCCAUCUUUACCUUUGAAGCCAGCUGUAGACACUCCACAAGGUGAACAUUCUCCUGCUGAUGUGAAUGAUUCUUCCAGUCAGUCACAUGCUGGAGAUGCUUCUUCUCCUGAUGAAGGCAUUGUUGUUCUUAGUGAUAAAACUGUUCUGAAUACUUCUCAAACUGUAGAUGUGGACAAACUUACUCGGAAAUUUAGGGAAUUUCUACUUUUUGGUCAUAAAAAGGAUGCUUUGGAAUGGGCCAUGAAACAUGGACUUUGGGGACAUGCUUUAUUUUUAGCAUCCAAAAUGGAUGUAAGAACCUAUGCAAAUGUCAUGACUAGAUUUGCAAAUUCUUUAGCCUUAAAUGAUCCACUUCAGACCCUCUACCAGUUGAUGUCGGGAAGACAGCCAUUGGCAGUUACAAAUGUAGCUGAUAAAAGAUGGGGCGAUUGGCGACCACAUUUGGCUAUGAUUUUAUCAAAUCCUUCAGGACAACCUGAUGUAGAUUCUCGAAGUAUUACUACUUUGGGUGAUACAUUAGCAAGUAAAGGCUGUCUUUGUGCUGCUCAUUUCUGUUACAUUAUGGCUCAAGUGGACUUUGGAACCUAUGAACAAAAGAACAGUAAAUUGGUCCUCCUCACUGCUGAUCAUUCGUUACCAUUUGAAGAAUUUGCGUCGAAUGAAGCCAUACAGCUCACUGAAAUUUAUGAAUAUGCCCAAAGCUUAGCAAAUUCUAAUUAUAUGCUAGUACAUUUGCAAUUAUAUAAAUUCCUGUAUGCAUUACGAUUAGUGGAACAUGGAUUUUUAGAAGAGGCUCUUCAUUAUUGUGAAAUUAUUUCUACAAAAGUUCAAGAACAUCCACAUUUAUUCCAGUUAGAUUUCCUUUCUGAAGUAUAUAAAUUAGCCACACAAUUGAAAUAUCAUGACCCUCACUUUUUGAGAGGUCAAGGAGAAUUUGAAGAUCAAGAAGAUCCAGAUUGGAUAAAGAAUUUAACUGCCUUAGUUCAAAAUUUUAAUAAUUUUUCAUUUGGAGAUCAGCAACUUCAACAACAGCAAAUGUAUAUUGAGCAACCAACAACAGAAAUUGAUUCAAAUCAGAACACUAAUAAUUUGCAAUUCCCUUCUCCUACAUCUGAAAAUGUGCCCUUCCAGAAUGUGCCUACCAAUAAUAUUCAAAAUGAAACAACAAAUGCAUAUAAUCAUGUAAACUAUUACCAAAAUACAAAUUGGAAUCAACAAAAUAAUGUUCAAAAUGCAACAUUUUCUUCAAAUAAUAGUCCACUUGACAGUGGAGGGUAUUAUCAAGGUGAGACUGCAACAAAUCAAAAUAGUUUUUAUCGACAAAAUAGCAUUCCAAGUCAUGAAGAAAAUGAAACUACUGAUGUGCCAUCAUCUCCUGUAACACAAACUUCACCAUUUGAUUAUUUCUCUAGUGGAGCACAGCAGGCAAAUGAAAACAAGCAUAUAUAUGAGAGUUCUAAUACUUUUAAUAAAACUUCUCAUCGAGAAAGACGUGACAGUGCUAUGAGCUCAGGAAGUAGAUACAGUUCUGGUAGCAUAUCAGUUGCUAAUAAAAGCACAGCAAAAGAAACACAGAAACAAGAAACAAAGAAAGAUAAAUCUACUACACAGGCUGGAAAGACUUGGCUUGGAGGUAUUUUCAGUAGACUUCUACCUAAAGGUCCUAAUCAAAUGAUUUUACCAGAUGACAAAAAUCCCACAAUUGUUUGGGAUGAAAAUAAACAGUGUUGGAGAAAUACAGACAGCAAUGAUGAUGAUGAAACAAAUGCACCAUUAGCUCCUCCUACAGAUAUGGAAUUGAUGGGUUCAAAGUCUUCCAUGAAUACCUUCCAAACUCCAGGUAGUUCAGCACCACCUUCUAGUUCAGCUGCACCACCUGGUAACACAGUGCCUCCUCCAUCAUCUACAUCAAUGCCAGUUAAUAAAUUUUCAAGGCCAAAAACCAGAGGUAUGAGGCAAAAUUAUGUGGACAUUCUAAAUACCAGUGGCUCCACAAAAAAGGCCAGUGCUCUACCAGAAAGUCUUUUUCCAUCACCGUAUGAAAGUACUAGUUCUCCUAAACUCUUCAUACCUGAUGGAACAUCAAGUGCCCCUGCUAAUAAUUCUGCUGAUUUAGAACCAAGCCACACACCUUAUAAUCCUCCACAGGUAGAAACACAGGAACCAGUAGAGAUGCAAACAACUCCCUUAAUGUUUGAUCCUGCAGAAUAUGAUAAUAGGAAAUCUAGCUUUAAUAAUCAAAGACCAACUCUAGGACGUACAGGGCGUAGAACUUACCCUACAUGAAGAACACUUCCUGAAUUCUAGCCUUUGAUUUGAAAACGUGAAUAUGCAUAAUUUGACUGUUUAAAAAGAAAUGUGAUAGAUUCAAAUAAAUCAUAGAACUUUAA